UUCCUGUUUGUUCCCAAAUCCCAUCGAAGAAAUCCAUCUUGCUUUUCUUGUGGCUGCGCCUGUCGUUGCUCUUCGAGAUGGCUUACGUUGUGGAUGGUGAAGGCUACUUCGAGAUGGCUUGCCCUCACAUCUCCAAGAAGGAGAAGAUCUUCCCCACCAGAUACAGUUCCCCAACACCAAUUUCUCUGCUCGCUCGUCUGGUCUCUUCAUCACUGAUCAAGUAGUACACCCACUUCCCUCUCAAAUCCCAUCAUCCAUCUUCUCCUUUUUAUUUAUUUUUUUACCCCAUUUUAACAUGCAAGAAAUUCCCACUUUUGCUUCUCCCUGCACCUUCCAUCUUUAAAUCAAAAGCCCUCUUCUUUGCUUAUUAAUCAAUUCAUGUUGUCCUUCUUCUCUACCCUUAAAAAGAAACCAAGCAGUGAGCAGAAGAAGCAACAAAAAUAGCACAACAAAAGCCCUAAUAACCUAGCUAGCACAACAACAAAAAUUCAAUUUCACCCAACACUUAGAUCUUCAUUUUUCUCCCCGCAGCCGCCAUGGAAAUGCAUGCCGGCAGCCAGCUAAUGAUGAUGACCUCCCCUCCUCCUCCCCACUCCGUCGGAGGCAGCAGCGGCAACAUAGGGAUGGCGGCGGCGACGAGCAGCCGGUACGAGAACCAGAAGAGGAGGGACUGGAACACGUUCUGCCAGUACCUGCGGAACCACAGGCCGCCGCUGAGCCUGCCGAUGUGCAGCGGGGCCCACGUGCUGGAGUUCCUGCGCUACCUGGACCAGCGGGACUCACUAGGAAGGAGAAGAUCGGCGACGCCUCGUAGUCUCCGAUUUCUCUAGCGACGACGUUCUUCCUCGCCUUCACGACCUCAAACGCCUGGUUGGUGACAGAAGAAGCAGGGGCAGGGGCGGCGGAGGAAGAAGCAUGGCGGAGUAGAAGCGUCGCCACUGCAAGGGUGGUCGGAAGGCAGGCCGUCGGAGAUUCUCUCCCGGCGCCCAGCUGCCGCAGCUGUUUCAGGGAGCUGAGUCGUCGUAAGAAAGGAAGAAUGCAAAAUGAGAUCUGGAUGUGAUGGGACGAAGACAAAAUAGUUUUUUAUUUUUGAUUUUAAUUGUUUUUGGUUGGGAUUACCUUUUUGUCCUUGUUGUUACAGUAACAACAAAUAUACUGUUGUUAUACUAUCUGGACCCCAUCACAACUUGAGAGCAAAUAAAAAAAUUAGGGUUAUCUCCAAUAUACGAAUAGACUCGAUCAAAGUAAUAAGGUGCAAAUUUAGAC